AUGCCAUCAGCUAACAGCUCUCAUAUCGAGCAGGCGAUUGUUCCUGAUGAACACGUCAAACUCAUUCUUUGUUUCGAUGGCACUGGCAACACCUUCAGUGGUACCAACGCCGACACCAAUGUCGUCAAGAUUCUUCGCAAGCUUGAUCGCAACAACAACAAACAGUACCAUUACUACCAGACCGGAAUUGGCACCUACGAUGUGGACGAAACUUCCAUCCAAAAGUCUACUCUCGGCGAGAUCAAGAGCAAGGUUUCCAAGACCAUUGAUCAAGGUUUUGGUACAACCUUCGACGCCCAUAUCAUGGCGGGGUACCGUUUCCUCAUGCGUUACUAUGAGCCUCAGGCCAAGAUCUACAUCUUUGGUUUCAGUCGUGGUGCUUACACUGCCAAGUACCUCUCACGCAUGAUCAACAAAGUCGGUCUUCUUUGCAAGGGCAAUGAGGAAAUGGUACCUUUUGCUUAUCGUCUUUACGCCCGCGCUCUACAAUGUGAGAGCGACGAUCGUAUCGCCUCGCAAAAAGGCAAACUCUGGUCCAUGGGUGGCGGUCCUGAAGAACUGCCAACCAGUAACGAGUCUACCCCGUUGCUAGAUGGUAACAAGCAGCCUAAUGGAGCAUCCAAUGGUCACACAAACGGUGUAGCCAAUGGUAAUACCAAUGUUGUGAAAGGUUCUUCCGUGUGCACAUGCGACGAAGAAGACGAACACGCCCAUGCUGGUGAGGAAGAUGACAGCGAUAGCGACGACGAGGAAGAUAAGACUACCUUCAUGGCCGGUGAUGUCAACAUCAAGAGACGAUUAAAGACCAAGAUCGCCAGAAGAGAAGUCAAGGCCUUCAGUCAAACCUUCUGCCGUAACGAAGGAGCAGACCCAACCAAUCAUGAAAACAUCAAGGUUUUCUUCCUCGGCAUGUGGGACUGUGUCAACUCUGUUGCAGUCGUCGAGAACAGCGCCCCAGCCCCUGUUGAGAUCACCGGCACUGCGAAGCAUGUCCGCCACGCUGUUGCCGUCGAUGAGCGACGUGUCAAGUUCAAGCCUGCCCUUCUGGCACAGGACAUCCGAACUGUCGUCAAAGAGGCAAAGGAAGCAGCGGCACAAAAGGAGGCUGAGAAAAGGCUGGGUAAGUGCUGCAAGUGUAAGAAGCUGAAGAAGGAUAAGAGGACUGCGGAGCAGAUCAAGGAAGAUGAAGACAAGAAGAAGAAAGAAGAAGAGGAGAAAGCGGAAGACAUCAGAGAAGUCUGGUUCCCUGGUAACCACGGCGAUAUCGGUGGAGGAUGGCCCGCUAUGCCUGAGCUUGUGGAGCCUGACAAGAUGCCAUGGUAUAAGCGUCUUGCGUGUGUCUUCAAGAGCAUGAAGCCCGACGAUGUGACGGCUGAUCUGAAGAACCAUGACCUUCAGAUGAGCGACAUGGCUCUCGACUGGAUGAUCCGAGAAGUCACUCUCGUUGGCAAGAAAGACGAGAAGUGUGCUGUCAACUGGUGUCAUACUGCCAAGCAGUUCAGGAAGAACAUGGAUGACAAGACGAAACUGCAGAAGUAUGUCAUCGAAGGGUUCAAGCACGACACUCUCAGAUUCGGAUACGGAUCUUCUUUCUUCAAGGUCAUUUUGUGGAACUUUAUGGAAAUUCUCCCUGGUAUUCCCCGAUGGGAACUCAACGACAAGCCCGUAAAGGAGGCCGAGAAGGGCUGGGAGUCAUGGCGAUGGACUCCCAACUUUGGCAGCUUCCGUGAUAUUCCCCGCAGAGCCGUUCUUCACAAUUCUCUCAUCGAGCGUCUGAACGCUGCCGAUGCCAAGUACCAUCCCAAGAACAACCAUGGAGAUGGCGCGCCUUGUUUGUUGGGUCCUGGCAUGGAAGGGGUUGCUAGUAUGAAGAAGGCUGAAUCUCAGAACCAGAUUGAUCCGGAGGAUUACAAGGAUCCGGCGGACAAGAUAUGGGCUAAGAGACAUCAGCUUUGGCAACUUGAUCCUGAGGUGCAUGUUACCAAUGGUGCUUGA